GUCUGUGUGUUGUACGUGCAAUCAGUCCAAGUUACAGUGGAGGCCGGAGAACGAUAGUACAUUAGAGUGGUGGAAACCCGAUCGCGUACGGUUUUGGCUGUGUGAUUUAAGGUCAGCUGAAAUACUUCCACAUAACCAGACUGAAGCAUAGCUAUCCGCCUAUUUAGCUAGCUCGAAAGCCAGCUUAACUACCGAAGAAACUUGCUUGCACGAUAAUCUAUCUUAAAAUAAACACACAUAAAUAGCAACAAUUUAAAAGAAGGCAUGCAUAUUUUAUAGGGAUAAUAUUUGGACAUUUUGUGACUCAGCACUCCGGAGCGUGCAACCAACAACAUGGCGGGUGAGGAAAUGAUGUUCAGCAUGGAGGAGGUGGGCAGUGCCAGGAGAAGCACAGAGCAGAAGAUGGGCUCUUUUUCUGACGCAAACAGCGACGAUGAGGAUGAUUACUACAUCUGCCCCAUCACAGAUGAUCCUGUCAGCCCUACCAAAGAGAUUUGUAACUACCUGCAGAAUCUCAUGCACAACAACAACAAUCAGCAGCUUCCUGCUGCCUCACCCAAAAACUCCUUCCAGUACAAGAACACAAAAGAAACUGAGCCAAAGCAGCGAUCGGUCAGUUUUGGGGCGUUAACUGAAAGAGGUCGGGCAGCCUGGAAACAUGCCAUUGAAAAAGCCAAAUCCAUGCCUGAUCCCUGGGCUCAGUUCCACCUGGAGGAAAUUGAAACGGAACUUUGCAUUCGAUACAGGUACAAUGCAGUUACUAGAGAGUGGGCACAGGACCAGGUUUACAUAAAGAUGGCUUCCCAGCCUUUUGGAAGAGGAGCCAUGAGAGAAUGUUACAGAACGAAGAAGUUAUCAAAUUUCUCACACAGCGGCAAAUGGACAGCUGCUUCCAACUAUGUGGCAAAGCGCUACAUUGAGCCCGUGGACAGAGACGUGUACUUGGAAGACGUUCGGCUACAGAUGGAGGCCAAAUUAUGGGGGGAGGAGUACAGUCGUCAUCGCCCCCCUAAACAGGUGGACAUCAUGCAGAUGUGUGUAAUGGAAAUGACUCAACGCCCAGGGAAACCUCUCUAUCACUUGGAGCAUUACAUUGAGGGGAAGUACAUCAAAUACAACUCCAACUCAGGAUUUGUUCGGGAUGAAAACAUUCGCCUAACCCCUCAGGCAUUCAGCCAUUUUACAUUUGAGCGCUCUGGACAUCAGCUGAUUGUGGUGGAUAUUCAGGGAGUGGGAGAUCUCUACACUGACCCCCAGAUACACACUCACGAUGGGACUGACUUUGGAGAUGGCAAUCUGGGUAUCAGAGGGAUGGCUCUGUUCUUCCAUUCCCACCUGUGCAAUAAGAUCUGUCAUAGCAUGGGCCUCACCCCCUUCGACAUCUCUCCUGCUGAGAAAGCGCAGCUCGACUGCACCAGCAAGCUGCUGAAGUCGGCCAAGACGGUGCUGCGAGGGCAGGAGGAGCCCUGCGGCUCCCCCAGAGUUCGCACCUUCUCUACGGGGCGGCUGCCCCCGCUCCUGUGCCGCCUCUCGGAGAACUCCUCCAACGACGACGCCAUGAGUGACCCAGACUCCACGCCCUGCUCUCCCAUUCAGUUCAGCAGCUCCCUGAGCUCAGUGGGAAGGUCCCCACUAGGUGUUGAUUCUCCCUUGGGCUGGUCCUUCACAAACGAGAUGGACUUUCACACUGAAAAGAACAACAAUGCCCCAGAGCACAGAGAUCAAGAGAGCGGAGAAGACAGCGGGUGUCCCAGUGAGAGGCGGAGUGAAGGAGACCCAGCUGAGCACGGUGACCGGGUUACAUUCCACCGCAGCAAACAUCUGUCCGAGUCGGAUGACGACAGUUUUCGUCGGAAACCAAUGGCAGUUAGCACCAAACCUGCCCCCUCUGCAAACUUGCCCUCAAGGCGGCGGGUGAAUUCCCCUCUGACUGAAGAAAAAUUGAAUUUCUUCCACACAACUCGCCAAAACAUACACAGGCCCUCCUGUGUGGCUGUGGAGAUGGAGAGGCUGAAUGCUCUGGUCCUGGAGCGGAAGAUCGGCCAAUCUAUCCUGGGGAAGGUGCACUUGGCCAUGGUGCGUUACCAUGAGGCGGGCCGCUUCUGUGAGAAGGAUGAGGAAUGGGACCGGGUCGCCGCCAUGUACCACCUGGAGCGGGCAGCCAUGUGUGGAGAGCUGGAGGCCAUCGUGGCUCUAGGCCAGUGUUACCUGCAGCUGCCUCACCACAUUCUGCCUGAAAGCACCAUCCAGGACAGUGAAGAGAACAGGAAUACUGGCUUCCGGUACUUGCUGCAGGCAGCAGAGGCGGGAGACAGGCCCUGUAUGAUAUUGGUGGCCAGAGCUUUUGAUACUGGAGUCAACCUCGCACCUGACAGAACACAGGACUGGGAGGAGGCUGUGCAGUGGUAUGACUGUGCCUUGAACAUGACGGACUAUGAUGAGGGUGGAGAGUUUGACGGCAUGCAAGACGAGCCACAGUAUCUGCUGCUGGCCAGAGAGGCAGAGAUGUUCCAGGAGGGCAAGUUUGGCCUGAACAGCGAUUACCAGAGGGCAGGUGACCUGUUCACAGAGGCAGCUGAUGCCGCAAUGGAAGCAAUGAAAGGCAGACUAGCUAACAAGUACUACAUGAAGGCAGAGGAGGCCUGGGGGAUGAUGGAGGAAUAAAAGUGCUUCCUACACCGGCCAGACUGUUCAACUCAUCUCACACUUUACCUUUUCCCAAAUUGUUUACACUUAUUGGAUUAAUCCCAGACUCUUCACAUCUCAAAUUUGACUAGCAUUUGCAUCUCAUAUUUGAUUAUUAUUAUAAGACUGUCUCACAUUACUUAUACUUGGACUGUUCACAUCUCACGUUGACCUUGCUAUCAGACCUUCCAUAUGUUGUCUAGGUUUUUUGAUAUCUCAUAUAUUUGACUUAUUUCCAGACUGUUUGGAGCUUUUGACUUAUUUCCAGUCGAUGCGCAUUUAUUCUCAGACAGUUUGCAUAUCCACAUUGGCUUAUUUCCAGGCUGUUAAAAGUUUACACCCCUUUAUAUGAUUCAAGGGUUUACAUGCUGCAUUGUGCUUUUCUAUAUGGGUAUCCUGGGGCAUAUACUGGUGCUUUUUAUAUAAACGGUGAUCUAUUUCCUAUUUUGUGUUCUAACAAGUCUAACCUGGCAACCAGGAAGGUAGCUGUUCACAUAUUUACCCCUCAGAGAGAGGCAAAGCCUUUUACAUUUCGAUUGGGUGGUGUUCCACUCAUCUUCCCUUUGAGCUGUUUGAACCAUAAUGUAAUAAAACUGUAAUAAAAAAUGUAGGAUUUGGCAGAUAUUGUAGAAUUGAAGACAAAGUAAUAAUAUUUGCAAUAUACAGUGCUGUUCAUAAGUAUUUGGACAGUGACACAAAUUUAGCUGUUUUGACUGUUCUCCAGCACAUUGAAUUUGAAAUAAAUUAUGAAUGUUUAAUGUUUAAAUUCUGUGUAGGAAUUGCAUCCCUUUUUACACAUAUUGCAUCACUAUUUCAUGCACACAAAAGCUAAAAGAGGUCUAGAGUUCAUUCUAAGUGUGGAGUUUGUAUUUGGAGUCUCUUGCUGUUGUUUCUGAAAUGAAGACCAAAGAAGUGUCAAUGUCAGUAGAGCAGGCCAUCAUGGGGCGGAAAAAUCAGAAUAAACCCUUUUCAACUGUAGAACAGACCAGGAACAGACCAGGAACAGACGGGCAUAGAUGUAGGCAUAGAUGUGUCCAAAAUUUUUAUAAAAGUAUAUUUAAAUAAACUGUAGAGUUCUGGAAGAAGGAGAUCGAAGGAGAAAAGUGUGGAAGUUCACAAUCUGCACAUUAACCUCAUUCAUUCAUUCCAAGCCCAAUAUGCUUAAGAACACAGCUCAACAACUCAAAUUGUGUCACUGUAUAAAUACUUAUUGACUGCCCUGUACAUGACUGUAAAUGUUAUGCUUUCCUUUUUUAUUGUAUGCUGCAACAGACCAGGUGCUGCAUGUGUGAGUGAUUUUUUUAAGUUGGCAUGAAUAUGUAUGUGACCUUUUUUUCUAAGCAUGGAAUUAUUUCUCAAAAAAAGUUUUGGAAUAAAAGGUUGUAACUGCUUUAAAA